ACUUUCUCACUGUGACGUAUUCAAAAUGGCUGUCAAUAAUCGAGGUUUUGAAAACCAGUUUAGGUAUGGUGGCUCAGGAGGCUAUACAUCGGAAUUCAGUGAAGUUGAUGAAGACGAGAGAAAAAGAAACUGGAGAGAUGAUCAAUUAUCUGGUGUCAAUAGAGCUCCAAAUCAUACGUUUGGUCUUCCUUCAAAGGGGACAGUGACCUCAGAAUACGAUAGUGAAGAAGCUAAAAUUCAUCGUUUCCAUUUGCUUCGUCUUGAUGCUUACUCUCGACAUAAAUUAUACAUCAAUAACUAUCUGAAAUACUAUGGUGGUUCAAUGAAAGAUUUCAAACGAGAUGGCUCGUAUGAUAAAACUGAUCAUGAUAUUUUAAAGGAGGAACAUAGAUUUGUUUGGUCUGAUGAAGAUGAUGAUGACAGUUCAUGGAGAAAAAGACUUGCAAGAAAAUACUACGACAAACUAUUCAAAGAAUAUUGUAUAUCUGAUUUAAGAUUAUACAAGGAGAACAAGGUUGCUCUAAGAUGGAGAGUUGAAAAGGAAGUUGUGUCUGGAAAAGGACAGUUUAUAUGUGGUAAUAAAACUUGUAAUGUCACCUCAAAUCUUCAAAGCUGGGAGGUAAACUUCUCGUAUCGUGAACACGGAGAAAAGAAGAACGCAUUAGUUAAACUAAGGUUGUGUCCAGAAUGCUCAGUAAAACUCAAUUAUCAUCACAAAAGGAAAGCCGUUAAGCGAAAGUCACGCGAGGAAAGAAAAUCACGUAAAGAAAAAAGGUCAAGCGGGGAGCGAAAGUCAAAUGAAGAACGAGAAUUGAAGAAAUCAAAACGAUCACGAAGAUCAGACGAUGCAAACGAUCAUCAACCAUCGGAAUCGGAAGGAAUGGAAAAGAAAGACGAGUCUUUGACCGAUUUAAAAACGCAAUCAAGUGGGGAUAUAUGGAAGAAACCGGCCAUUGUUACAGUUGAUAAAACAAGAGAAGAAGAAUUCGAUGAUUACUUUGAAGACAUGUUUUUGUAAAGACUGACUCAUGGUAUGUACCGUGGCUUGUAUUGAUACUUUGCAUAUGUUCAUCAAAUAAUUUAAUUAUAAAGAUGAACUUAUUUCAUGUACAAUAAACUACGUGUUUAUAAAUUCGA